AUGGGUGAUUUUAAACCUCCGCUACCCCAAGGCGCUGGGUACGCUAUUGUAUUGGGCCUAGGAGCUGUCUUUGCUGGAAUGAUGGUUUUGACAACGUAUUUGCUGAAACGUUACCAAAAGGAAAUCAUCACAGCUGAAGAAUUUACUACCGCCGGUAGAUCUGUAAAAACUGGGUUAGUUGCUGCGGCUGUAGUUUCUAGUUGGAUUUGGUGUUCUACAUUAUUAACGUCAUCUACAAAAGAAUAUGCUGAUGGUAUAUUUGGUGGGUAUGCAUACGCCGCUGGUGCAUGUUUCCAAAUUAUUGCAUUUGCAAUUUUGGCAAUUAAGACCAAGCAAAUGGCUCCCAAUGCGCACACAUAUUUAGAAUUAGUGAGAACAAGAUAUGGUAAGAUCGGCCAUGGUUGCUACUUGUUUUAUGCCAUCGCGACCAACAUUUUAGUCACUUCUAUGCUUUUAACUUCAGGAUCUGCUGUCUUCAGCGACUUAACUGGGAUGAAUACUAUUGCAUCCUGUUUUUUACUGCCUGUGGGUGUUGUUGUCUAUACUCUAUUUGGUGGUAUUAAGGCAACUUUCUUAACAGACUAUAUGCACACGUGUGUCAUCAUCAUCAUUGUUCUUGUAUUUGCCUUUAAAGUUUAUGCGACUAGUGAUGUUUUAGGCUCCCCCGGCAAAGUUUAUGACUUAGUUCGUGAAGCCGCUAAGAGGCAUCCAGUCGAUGGUAACUAUAAAGGCGAAUAUAUGACUAUGACAUCAAAAUCUGCUGGUAUUUUAUUAAUUAUUAAUCUAAUUGGAAAUUUCGGUACCGUUUUCCUUGACAACGGUUAUUGGAAUAAGGCAAUUUCUGCCAGUCCUGCAGCAAGUUUGAAAGCAUAUGCCAUUGGUGGGUUAGCAUGGUUUGCCGUACCUUCUCUAAUUUCGUUGACCAUGGGAUUAGCAUGUCUUGCAGUGGAAACGUCUCCAAAUUUCCCUACCUAUCCUGAUCCACUUACUUCGUUCCAGGCAAACUCUGGGUUAGUUUUGCCAGCUGCUGCAAUUGCCAUCAUGGGAAAGGGAGGUGCCGUGGCAUCGCUGUUGAUGAUCUUCAUGGCCGUCACGUCUGCCAUGUCUGCUGAAUUGAUUGCCGUUUCAUCUGUUUUCACUUACGAUAUUUAUAGGGAAUAUAUCGAUCCUCGUGCAAGCGGUAAGAAAUUGAUUUACACGUCACACGUUGCUUGUAUCUUCUUUGGUCUUGCCAUGAGUGGAUUUUCGGUUGGUUUGUACUAUGGUGGUAUUUCUAUGGGUUACAUCUAUGAAAUGAUGGGUAUAAUUAUCAGUAGUGCAGUGUUGCCUGUCGUUUUGACCUUGUGUUCAAAAGACAUGAACUUAGUCGCAGCUGUGGUGUCGCCCAUUUUGGGCACAGGAUUAGCUAUAAUGUCAUGGCUCGUCUGUACGAAGUCGCUUUAUAAAGAAUUGACUGUGGACACAACAUUCAUGGACUACCCAAUGUUGACAGGUAACUUGGUAGCUUUACUGUCACCAGCCAUUUUUAUUCCGAUUUUAACUUAUGUCUUUAAACCACAAAAUUUCGACUGGGAGAAAAUGAAAGAUAUUACUAGAGUUGACGAAACUGAAGAGCUGGUCCAGGCUGAUCCUUCCAUCCAGCUUUAUGGUGCAGAAGCUAACGAUAAGGAACAAGAAGAAGAAACAAAUUCUCUGGUUUCAGAUAAUGAAAAAAAUGAUGUUAGAGUAAAUAAUGAAAAAUUGAGUGAGCCUAACCUCGCUGUUGCAAUAAGUAAUGCCAUUUUUCAAGAAGACGAUACCCAGUUACAAGAAGAAUUAGACGAAGAACAAAGAGAACUAGCACGCGGUUUAAAAAUUGCAUACUUUCUAUGUGUUUUCUUCGCUUUGGCAUUUUUGGUAGUUUGGCCCAUGCCCAUGUAUGGUUCCAAAUAUAUCUUUAGUAAAAAAUUCUUUACCGGUUGGGUUGUCGUGAUGAUCAUCUGGCUUUUCUUUAGUGCAUUUGCCGUUUGUAUCUACCCACUCUGGGAAGGUAGGCACGGUAUAUAUACCACUUUGCGUGGCCUAUACUGGGAUUUAUCUGGUCAAACUUAUAAAUUAAGGGAAUGGCAAAAUUCUAGCCCACAGGAUCUACAUGUAGUAACAAGUCAGAUUAGUGCAAGAGUGCACAGGCAAUCAUCGCAUUUUGGGCAAGUUGACGAAAUAAUUUAG